AGAAGGUUGCGCACUGCUGGUCACCUUAGAUCCUGAACCCUCAGUUAUUUGUUCUUGUCGAAACAGAAAUGUCUUUUCGAAUUGUCUCGUGCGCCGCAUGAGCAUUCGUCAGCAUGUCUGUGUGAAAAUGACAGAAUAAAAGAAGAUGCGGUUGUUUUUCAAAACAGCAGGAACGGGCUCCGUCCCUCUGUUUUGCCUUCUCGUCCACUUGUACAGCCACUGGCGUUUUUCUGCUUUCCAGCGGUCCUGCCUUUCUGCGACUUCAAUUUCCUUCGUGAUAGGGGCGCGACGCGUCAUCCGGCGGGAAACUAAAGACGCGGACACCUCCGGCUCUCCUGCGCGCGAUGAUCGAGGUCCUAUUUAUUCCGGGACGAACAACAGUUCCUCGGCCUCUACUACAACGGCGCAGGACCCGCAACAAGCCACUCCCAGUGCAGCAUCAGAAACGCCUGACAAGAAUGCCACAGCGUUGCACUCCACUCGCGAGAGGCACACAGAAAUUGCAGCAGGUCGUGGGGUAGACCUCGCAACGGUUGCGAACACUUCCUCUUCUCCUCUGACGCCUCAAGCGCUGCACGAAGGCAACGUAACCGGAGAUGCAGUAAAGCUGGUUGACUCCCCCGGUAGUUUACUUCCGCGCAACUUCAGCACGGGUGAGUCUCUGUUUCUCGCCGACGGAGACGUCGAUUAUGUGCAGCCGCCGCAAGAGGAUUCACAAUCAACCGCAGCAAAAGGACCGGGGCCGCUGGUCGCUGAGGUCCGCGGCGAAGAGUGGGGGGAACAAGACCAGCUUGCAGCACCGAAUGCAAGCCAGACACGAGCAGGCGAAGGAGGAGGAAACGCGCCAUCCGUCUUCACAAGUGGCCGUCACGUGAUCCGUCGCGAGGAUCGUGAUGAUGAUAAUGAGCCGCGGCGACCGAUGUCACCCUCAACAGCAGAUUCUCUUCCUGCGUAUCCUGUGUAAUAUUCAACAAACAAGUGCUUCAGCUUCGUACAAAUUGCAAGUCUCUGCAUGACGGAACUAUCUCCAGGUGGAAACAGCGCAAUUUGUAUAUUUCAAAAAUCAUUUUUUGAGUUUGAAAGAGGACACAACUCAAGGCUCCUGCAGCAAUUGUUUUCCAUUGCAGUGUGUCUUUGUCUGCAAUGCUGAAGUAUGAGAAACGCAACUACAGCUCUUGUAUGUGUGCAUAUUGGUGGCGCAGAGGGUUUCGAAGAUACAGACGCUACUGCAAAGACUACAACCACACCGAUUGCGGACGAUGCACAACGACCUCAACAUGAGGAGCAUAGUCGGGAUGCAUUUCCAGCUAAGAAACAGGAACCUCCUGAUGCAAGCGCAAGCGGUAGACGGCAGGAAUCGUUCGCAGUAAAGCAGCCGCCACGAAGCCCCCAACCGCAUACAGAGAGCGGUGGCAAACUCAUAGUCGCAGUGGAGCGCCAACUACCUGGCGCAAUUAUGGCGACGGCGUUCUGAAACGUUGCCUUGAUCGCUGUUGAAUGACUUUGACUUUUGCUUGCUUUGUGAUGCAAGAUUAGAUAGCGCGAAAGGCAAAGGAGGAGGAUAGCGCUUCCAGCAUGACACGUUGUUCGGAGCGGAUUUCCAUGCCGUUCCGUGCGUUGGAGACUUGUCAUUCGAGGUAGCUAGAUCAUGCAGAAUCAAGAUGCGCCAGUGACACAGGUUCUGCAUGACAAACCAACAAGCAGCCAUAUGACAGCGAUCAAUGUAACGCUUGAGAGCGCCAAAUCAAGGGGGAAGAGCCACAGGCCAUCAGCUGCGCAGGUAGAUCUUGCACCUCCAACGGAGAGGACGCAUGAUUUACGCUUGCUUCACGGCCAUUCGGUAGACCACGGAGAAAAUUCCCCCGAAGAGGGGGCUGACGAAGAUGAUAUGAUCCCACGACAGAAAUGUACACUCAGCAUACCAGAAAGUAUUUAGUCCUCUGUGCUGUAUAGUUUCUUUUAGUUUUAGCUGUCUUGACUCCCGUCUAAGUACGUCGCGGCUUUUAGUGCCACAAGUGGAUCUUUUUUUAUGGCUGAGCAUGAUAAAAGUUUUUGAUUGUGGAGCCAUCUGUUUAAGUUAGACACAUGACCAUCAGUCUAACCGCCACAACGCAUUCCAAACUGCACUCUGCAUGACAGAAGAUUGCCUGUCCUGUGGUCUCCGCCUGUGGUCUCCGCAUGACAGAGCUUUUCAGCGACAAAAAUGUAGCGUUUGGUAUGGAUCGCGUGCCUUAGCUUUUCUGUUUGAUAGAAGACGCAGCCGGCACGAGUGAGGACGACCACGGCGAGGAAAAUUCGCAGGAUGACUUCGAGGUAGCUGUGCAUUGGUUGCAAAAACAUCGCACUGGCAGCGAAAAUUGCAUAUUUGUGUACAUCCAAACUUGCUCAGCGUGA